ACAGGGAGAGGUACAGAAGGAGAGAGAGAAAGCGAGAGAGAGAGACAGCAAAGAGAGCCCUGCCCACUCUCACAAAACCAUUCAACUUGUGCACAGUGAGCACUCACAGACUCCUACAGAGACCUACUCUUCCCUGGGGUAACCUUCUGAGGACGACUGACCUUCCCACACAAAACCUCCCAAGGAUCAGACAUCAUCUCCACUCCAGCACUGGCAAGACCAUCUUCGGUCCACACCUCUCCUUCUUCAGCCAGCUCUCCUUUUUAAACACAAGGAUUAUUCUUUUUCGUUCUCACUUUUAGGUGUCACUUUUUAAACUUUUAUUCCAAGUCUUACAGCACUGCUGACUAAAUUUAUUUUUCCAGAGCUUACCUUGUCUGGAGGAGUUUUUAAAAUCUCUUUUGGCAGAAGGACUGAUAUUUUUCCCCCACUCUCAUCAUUUCACCUACUAGUUGGUGCUCGCUGCGCUGCUCUCUACGUUGUCCCGGCAGCAGACCUGUCUAGUCCAGGAUGUCUCCUUUGCCCCUGCUGAGUGGGAUGUUGCUACUCUUUGCCCAUAGCUGUGGCGGGGCCGGCUCUUUGUCCGUGGCGAUGGGUGGUGGCCAGACGCCACCACAGACCCAGUCCCAGCUGGUGCCGGAGGUUACCGACUGCCCUUCCUGUGCCCUGGCGCGGCUCAACGAGGAGGAGGAUGACAGCAAACCCGAGGUGGUGGAGGCAGUGAAGAGGCACAUCCUCAACAUGCUGCACCUACAGGUGCGGCCCAAUGUUACGCACCCGGUGCCCCGCGCUGCUCUGCUCAAUGCCAUCCGCAAGCUGCACGUGGGAAGAGUGGCCGAGGACGGCAGCGUCCAGAUCGAGGAUGGGGGCCACGGGCGCCCAGAUGCCGCCGACAUGGUCGAGACGACUGAGAUCCUUACCUUCGCAGAGGCCGGUGACUCCCAGGGUGUGGUCAACUUCCUCAUUUCCAAGGAGGGUGGUGAGCUGUCUCUGGUGGAGCAGGCUAAUGUAUGGAUCUUCCUCCGGCUGGCCAAGACCAAUCGCAGCCGUGCCAAGGUCACUAUACUCCUGUUGCAGCAGCGCCAUGGCGGAGACGGCCAUGAAGAGUCUGUGCUACUGGCCGAGAAGGCAGUGGACACGCGGCGCAGUGGCUGGCACACUUUUCCCGUGUCAGCCAGCGUCCAGGCCCUGUUGAAGGGUGGCGGAAGCAUGCUCAGUGUGAAGAUCUCCUGCCCGCUGUGCGCCAAUGCUGGCGCCACACCCAUCCUGGUGUCGACCAGCGGCAACCAGGAGCGUGAGCAGUCCCACCGGCCCUUCCUCAUGGCGGUAGUGCAGCAGGGCGAGGGCGGCGAGCCACGGCGACGCCACAAAAGGGGCCUGGAGUGUGACGGCAAGGUGCGUGCUUGCUGCAAGCGCCAGUUCUAUGUCAAUUUCAAGGACAUUGGCUGGAGCGACUGGAUCAUAGCACCGGGGGGCUACCACGCCAACUACUGUGAGGGCGACUGUCCCAGCCACGUGGCCAGCAUCACAGGCUCCUCUCUGUCCUUCCACUCCACCGUCAUCAAUCACUACCGCAUACGGGGCUACGCGCCCUUCCAGAACAUUAAGUCGUGCUGCGUGCCCACGAGGCUACGCGCCAUGUCUAUGCUCUACUACAAUGAGGAGCAAAAGAUUGUCAAAAAAGACAUUCAGAACAUGGUCGUAGAGGAGUGUGGCUGCUCGUAAAAGCCUGGCGGAGCUGGUGGGGCUUGGAAGUUGGUCUCAUGCCCAGAGAGACAGAACUAAACGGAAGAGGCCCUUUAUCUCUCUCUCUCUCUUGCGUGCAAGACACUGUCAAGACCAACUUUUAUUUGGACUCAAUGACUGGCUUGUUCUCCAUCGUUGGCAAGUCCAGGGGGUAUCUAUAACUCAGAGAAAUCUCUGUGGCACUUUCAAAAAAAAUAAAAAUAAUAUCUAAUAUAUUUUUGUUACAAAACAAAGGGAGGGAGGUGAGAGGAUAUUUAUGUGACCCAGAUGCGGUGUAGUUGCUCCUUUCAUGUACUGCAAGAUGAGAGACCAUGCGAAUGAGGUGCCUGAAAAAUAUACAGUUGAAGUUGGAAAUUUACAUACACCUUAGCCAAAUACAUUAUUUAAACUCAGGUUCACAAUUCCUGACAUUUACUCCUAGUAGAAAUUCCCUGUCUUAGGUCAGUUAGGAUCACCACUUUAUUUUAAGAAUGUGAAAUGUCAGAAUAAUAGUAGAGAGAGUUAUUUAUUUCAGCUUUUAUUUCUUUCAUUACAUUCCCAGUGGGUCAGACGUUUACAUACACUCAAUUAGUAUUUGAUAGCAUUGCAUUGCCUAAAUUGUUGAACUUGGGUCAAACAUUUCGGGUAGCCUUCCACAAGCUUCCCACAAUAAGUUGGGGGAAUUUUGGUCCACCGCACCAAAGUACAUUCAUCUCUAGGAGACAGAACACGUCUCCUUCCUGAGCGGUAUGAUGGCUACGUGGUCCCAUGGUGUUUAUACUUGCGUACUAUUAUUUGUACAUUUGGAAAUUUCUCCCAAGGAUGAACCAGACUUGUGGAGGUCUACCAUAUUAUUUCUGAGGUCUUGGCUGAUUUCUUUUGAUUUUCCCAUGAUGUCAAGCAAAUAGGCACUGUGUUUGAAAGUAGGCCAUGAAAUACAUCCACAGGGACACCUCCAAUUGACUCGAAUGAUGUCAAAUAGCCUAUUAGAAGCUUCUAAAGCCAUGACAUCAUUUUCAGGAAUAUUCCAAGCUGUUUAAAGGCACAGUUAACUUAGUGUAACUUCUGACCCACUGGAAUUGUGAUACAGUGAAUUAUAAGUGAAAUAAUGUCUGUAAACAAUUGUUGGAAAAAUGACUUGUGUCAUGCACACAGUAGAUGUCCUCGCCGACUUGCCAAAACUAUAGUUUGUUAACAAGAGAUUUGUGGAGUCGUUGAAAAACGAGUUUUAAUUACUCCAACCUAAGUGUAUGUAAAAUUCUGACUUCAACUGUCCAAACUAUGCAACUUGUCAAGUAUUACAAUUCAUAUUUUUUUUUGCCUG